UGGCCAUGUUAGGUUCGGGCAAGGGCGUCGCCUCUAUUCUCGGUUUCCGCCACCCGACUUCCGGCUGAGGCAGCCCAGGCGGACGCGCUUCGAGGGACCGCGCCGUGGGCUGGCGAGAUUACGGAGCUGCAGCAGUUCAAAGGAUUCCCAUUACCCUUCAGACGCAUUUCCCAGGUGUUAGCUCGAGUGUGAGUUUUGAAGCCUGGGGACCUGCGACUCUAUUCUCUCAAAACGAUUCGAGUGGCGGUGCCGACGGCGGAUGAAGGUCCGUGAGGCUGGCGUGCAGAAUGGCCGGGAAGAGGCCGUCAGGCCUGGGCAAGCAGCGCCGGCUCCUGGGGCUGCUGGUGGCGGUAGCCGCCGUCCACCUGGUUGCCUGCCCCUACACCAAAGUGGAGGAGAGCUUCAACCUGCAGGCCGUGCACGACCUGCUCUACCACCGGCUGGAUGUGGACAAGUUUGACCAUCUCGAGUUCCCUGGCGUGGUCCCCAGGACGUUCCUCGGGCCGCUGGUGAUCGCGGCACUCUCCAGCCCCGCCGUUUACGUGCUUUCGCUCUUGGAAACGUCCAAGUUCUAUUCUCAGCUAGUAGUCAGGGCUGUCCUUGGACUCGGCGUGAUCUUUGGACUCUGGACUUUACAAAAAGAAGUGAGGCGGCAGUUUGGGGCCACGGUGGCCACCCUGUUCUGCUGCGUGACGGCCUCGCAGUUCCACCUGAUGUUCUACUGCACGCGGACACUCCCCAACGUGCUGGCCCUGCCUGUGGUCCUGCUAGCCCUCGCAGCCUGGCUGCAGCAGAGGUGGACGCGCUUCGUCCGGCUCUCGGCCUUCGCCAUCCUGGUCCUCAGGGCCGAGCUGAGCCUGCUCCUGGGCCUGGCGCUGCUGCUGCCGCUCUGCCUGCGGAAGGUCUCGGUGGCCCGGGCCCUGCGCUGCGCCGUGCCGGCUGGGAUCCUCUGCUUAGGGCUGACGGUGGCCGUGGACUCCUAUUUUUGGCGCUACCUUGUAUGGCCAGAAGGAAAGGUGCUCUGGUACAACACCGUCCUGAACAAAAGUUCCAACUGGGGCACCUCGCCGCUGCUCUGGUACUUCUACUCGGCCCUGCCGCGCGGCCUGGGCUGCAGCCUGCUCUUCGUGCCCCUGGGCGCCGUGGACAGAAGGGCCCUGGCACUGCUCCUGCCGGCGCUGGGCUUCGUGGCUCUGUACUCGCUUCUCCCGCACAAGGAGCUGCGCUUCAUCAUCUAUGCCUUCCCCGUGCUCAAUAUCGUGGCCGCCAGGGGCUGCGCCCGCGUGCUGACUAACUAUAAGAAGUCCUGGCUGUGUAAAGUGGGGUCCCUCCUCGUGAUAGGACACCUCGUGGUGAACGCCACAUACUCGGCCACAGGCCUGUACGUGUCCCACUUCAACUACCCUGGCGGCGUGGCGAUGCAGAGGCUGCACGAGCUGGUGCCCUCCCGCACAGAUGUCGUUGUGCACAUCGAUGUGGCCGCUGCCCAGACAGGUGUGUCCCGGUUUCUGGAAAUCAACAGUGCCUGGAGGUACGAUAAGAGAGAGGACGUGCAGCCCGGCUCCGAGCGCAUGCUGGCUUACACGCACCUGCUCGUGGAGGCCGCCCCCGCGCAGCUGGCCCCGUACCGGGACACGCACCGGGUGCUGGCCAGCGUCCCAGGCACGACCGGGCUGAGCCUCAACCUGAGCAGGCUGCCCCCCUUUGACGUGAACCUGCAGACCAAGCUGGUGCUCUUGGAGAGGCUUCUCGGGCCUCCCUGAGGAGGAGCCAGGGGCCCUCCAGAAACACCGGCAGGACGAGACGGAAGCGCGCAGAGGACCACGGGUGUGCCCUCACGGGGGCGCGGCCACAGCCACAGCCGGGGCACCCACGUCCACGCUGCCCACCACUUGUGAGAACGAGGGGCCUGGCACCCCUGCCAGGGUGACGGUGGGUGGGAUGCUGUUCGCCGUCCAGACCGCAGCGGGGUGUUGAUCUUCCCGCGGAGCUGCUUCUGGGCAGCAGGCUGUGGCCUCUCGGCCCCUGAAAGGUCGUCCCCCUGGGGCAGCGUAACCGCAGAACCUCAGCACCCAGCCCUCGGGGUGGGGCCUCCUUUGUGGUCACAGGCAGCCGUUUCCAUUUCAGAUGAGGCUUUAGGAGAUAAACUCGUUCAAAAAGAGUGAGAGUCAAAUUGUAAAUGUCUUUUUACUGUUGAUCUCAGGUGCUGCUGCCAGAGUCUGCUUCCACCUGGGUUUUGUUUAAGUGAUUUGGGCACCUUCCCACUUUGCUGAACAGUGUUUACCGAGUUCCUGACACGUGUCUGACUUCACCAGGCACUGAAGACGAUGCAGGGAACUGAGUGUGCUUUGCCCGCAUGCACACACACCGUGCACAUGCACGCACACGCUACACACGUGUGCGUAGACACAGGCAGUCUUUCCUGAGCCAUUCCAGAGGGAGUUGCCUGCACCUGACCUUUAGUUACUGUUUUUUCCACUGGAGCUGACAAGCAGUCUGUGCGGGCCCCUCCCCAAACCUCCCCGACACAGCACCCGCUGGUGAUUCCUGCCUGUUUCUCAUGAGCGUUUGUUACUUCCCUGUCAUCGGCAGUUCUCAGUGUUUAGAUGUGGCCCCCAGUCGUCAGCCUGCACGCGUGGACUGCUGCCGGAUCUCGAUGGGCCGUGAGCUGCCCUGUCGGUUGCCUUGGUGUUCAAACUGCAGAUUCACCCGGGGGGCCUGUCAAGCCGUGCUGUCCCGGCUGCGUGCCCCGUCGUUAAGGUUUUGAGCACUUCCCUGCUUCCUGGCACAGGGAGUCCCACCCAGGCUCCUCGGGCCUCUCUGUCUCCACCCUGGAGUCGGCCGUUUGGAGGGCCCGGGCUCCUUCUGGCAGGAACUGGUUUCAGAGACCGAUCUGGGUGCACAGUGCACGAUAUCGGUGCACCAUGUGCACAGUGUGCUCACUGCUAUCAGGACGCCCGUGUUUCUAGGCCCUUCGGAGCGAGAGGACAGGCGCGCCUGCACGUGGGCACACGCUUAUGCACGUGCACAGGCGUGAGAGGUCACGGCAUCAUGCUGACACCUCCAGUUCCACCCCAUCUCUGUGGGCGUGUGUCUGCCUCCCUCAUUCCACGUCUGCAUGUCCUCUCCCUGCAGUGAGAAUCCUGACCCGAAAACAUCAACGUACGUUUGACCCGUGUCAAGGGACACCGACCCCCACGCAGUCGGAAAUCCACAUAUAACCUUUGACCCCCCCACCAAGGCUUAACUACUAAUAGCUCCUGUUGAGUGGAAGAUUUACCCAUAACAUGAACGGUCGAUGACACAUAUCUAUAUGUUAUAUGUCAGAUGCUGUAUUCUUUCAAUUAUGUAAGCUACAGAAAAGAAAAUGUUAAUUAAGAAAAUCAUAGGGGGACUUCCCUGGCGGUCCAGUGGUUAAGACUUUGCCUUCCAGUGCAGGGGGUGCGGGUUCGAUCCCUGGUCGGGGAGCUGAGAUCCCACAUGCCUCGCAGCCAAAAAACCAAAAACGUAAGCAAUAUUGUAACAAAUUCAGUAAAAAAAAGAAAUCAUAGGGAAUUCCCUGGCGGUCCAGUGGUUAGGACUCUGUGCUUCCACUGCUGGGGGCCUGGGUUUGAUCCCCGAUCGGGUAACUAAGAUCCUGCAAGCUGCGCGGUGGGCCAAAAAAAAAAAAAGAAAAUCAUAAAAAAGAAAAUAUUUAUAGUACUGUACUGUGUUUAUCAACAGCAUGAGUUUUUGUCAUCUGUUUCCAAGAUGAAUAGUCAGUACCUACAUCAUUAUUGUCUUAGACGACACGAAAGGCUGUAGAUGUUACACAUGUAACUCAUACUAGACAUCAAUAAGGAAAAGAUAACGUGAAAAGGAAAUUCACAUUUAUUUACAGGCACAACGAUAUGUGCAUUGAUGAUGAAGCAGCAGCAACAUGACUGCUUUAUGGCUGCCUAGUGUGAUCGAUACGAUCGCUCCCAGGCAGCCCGGCCUGUACACUAAUGGGUGGGUCGUCAUAAGAUUUUUAUGGCUUAUAGUAUUGCAGUCAUAUUCAUAAUACAGUAUUGGGAACACUGUUACAUUAAAAAGAAAACCUAUGAUGAUAGACUGUUACACAGUUUCUCCAAUUACGAGUCAGGGAGGGAGGGAGACUGUACCUAAUUCAUUGAAAGCAAAGUUAUAAAAAGCACAUUGUUAACUUUAUACUGAGUAUCACUCAGCUUAUGCCUAUGUGAGGAUGGACUCUCCACUUCAAUGUGUGUCUUACACGGUGUACAGCUGUUAGGUUUUCACGUCGAGGCACACAACAGAGGUCUCUGAACCGCAGCGUGUGACUGUUCACUGUGCGCUAGGUGGAGGCGGGUCGUCACAGGUCUUCAUCCCCCUGGUCCUCACGCUGAGACUGGGGAGGAGGAAGCGGAGGGGAGGUCUUGCUGUCUCGGGCAGCAGAGCCGUGGGGGGUGGAAGCAGGGGAGGCCGGUGCACUCGGUGAACUUGGCAGAAACACAUCAGUCUCUGCCCGACUUUUUUGCUUUCUCAUUUCUCUAGAGUGUUUCUGUCUACUACCAAUCCUUCCACCGUUUGCUUUAGCUUCAGUACCCGUAUCACGGAAGGGUCCAUGUUGUAAAACAAGUCAAGUCGUCUUGACUCAUUGGAACUGUUCUGCCAGGCAGUCUGAUGUCAGUUUGUUUCCUGGCGCUGCUUCUUCUGCGCCUGUCUCAUCGUCUGCCUCUGGCUAUCUCCAUCAGGUUGUCUUCUGUGGGUUCCUCCGGUGUGCUGCCUAGUAGCCCUUGAAUUUUUUUCUUUUUUUUAGACUGUGCCACGUGGCUUGUGGAAUCUUAGCUCCCCAACCAGGGAUCGAACCCAGGCCCCUUGUAGUGGAAGCUCGGAGUCCUAACCACUGGACCACCAGGGAAGUCCCAGUCCUUUAAUUUCUUGAAGACCCAUAUCUCGGAACCGUUCACCCCCGCCCCGCGCCCACUUUAUUUGCCAAACCCACAAUCUCUUUCAUGAUUUCCUUGAUUGAUUUAUUUAUUUUUGGCUGUGUUGGGUCUUUGUUGCUGUGCGUGGGGUUCCUCUAGCUUCGGUGCGUGGGCUUCUCAUUGCAACAGCUUCUUGUUGCGGAGCAUGGGCUCUAGGCGUGUGGGCUUCAGUAGUUGUGCCAUGUGGGCUCAGUAGCUGUGGCUCACGGGCUCUAGAGUGCAGGCUCAGUAGUUGUGGCAUGUGGGCUUAGUUGCUCCGCGGCAUGUGGGAUCUUCCCGGACCAGGGCUCGAACCCGUGUCCCCUUCACUGGCAGGCGGAUUCUUAACCACUGCACCGCCAGGGAAGCCCCCCAUGAUUUCCUUGAUUGUGUCAUAAAUCCUGUGAAGUCAUGCACAGCAUCUGGACGGUUCUCCAGCAGGAAUGUAUUGUUGUGGGCUUGAUGGCUCUCACGGCUUUUUUUUUUUUUUUUUUUUAAUAACAGCGAUGUCAUCCUCAGUGGUAUGAUCCUCCCAGACUCUCAGACUCUCACGACGUUCUCUGUAUCAGGGUUCUCUUCCAUAGCGUUGACGCUCCUUUCCACACAGUGUCGUGUGUAAUGAGCCUUGAAGGUCCUAUGGCCCCCUGACCUAGAGACUGAAUAGAGACAUUGUGUCUGGGGGCAAGCAGACCACUUCAGCGCCUUCGGUGUUGCACUCAUGGGGUUCUGGGCGGGCAGGCGCGUUGCCCAGUAUCAAAAGAACUGUAAAAGGCAGUCCCUUCCUGACAAGGUGCUUCCUGAAUUCAGGGACAAGGAAUCGAUGGAACCGGUUGCCCAGGCCCUUUUGAUGUCCAGUCAAAGACCGGCAGCUGCUGCUCCUCUUCUCCCUGCAAGGCUGGGGGUCAGCGGCUUUACAGAUGAGCGCAGUCCUGGCCGUAAACCCGACCACGUUUGUGCAGGAUAAUCGAGACAGCCCAUUCCUUCCUGCCUUAAAUCCUGCUGCUUGAUUCUCCUUACUGAUGAAUGUCCUUUGUGGCAUUUUUUCCCAGAAUAGGGCAGUUUCAUCUGUAUUAAAAACUUGUUCAGGCAGAUGUCCUUUCUACCCAAUGAUUUUCUUCACAGCGUCUGAGAACGUGUCUGCGCCGCCUCUCCCGUUACCUUGACAUUUUAAAGCCAAAUCUCUUUCUAAAAUCAUCAAACCAUCCUUUGCUGGCAUUCAAGUCUCCAGCUUUACAACCUUCCCCUCACUUUCGCUUAAGUUGUAUGAUGACUUUGCUUUUUCUCGAAUCAUUCUUAGAUUCUAUAUAGGUGCACCUUUCUUAUGGCAAUCCUGCGCCCGCCUAAAAGCUGCUUUUUCAAAUAAAAAGGUAUUUCACAAGAAGUGCAAGGCUUUCUGCCUGCUGGUGUAGCUGCAGUGCCAGCUUCAUGGAUUUCCUUUCCUUUUUUACAUUCAUCUUGAAGUGGCGGCAGCCGCAGCUGCAGACCUCACUCUGCGACGCACAUCAAGCCAUUCAGCUUUUUCUCUUCACGUCUUCCUCUUCUCUGCGUCUUGGGAGCGCUUGCAGCAUUGCCAGGGCACUUCGUGGGUCCCGUGGUGGUGGUCAAGGUUCCCGGUGUUGCACUAAAUACAAUGAAAUAAUCCGCAAGAACCACAAGAGACUGCGGUUUACUGGAGAGACCACCUGCUCCGGAGAGGGGGAGCGCACACGGCGCUCGCUGUAGGCGGACGCGGGGAAUACGCGCGCCGGAAGCAGCACCAGGGGUGGCUGCAGCAUUAUUACUGUACGUGCUACAGUUAAUUCAUGCAGUGAGGACUUCGUACGGCAUCUUUACGUUUGCUUCCUUUCUCUGCACUUCAAAUGGAGCCAUGUGUUGUGUGCCUCAGGUUUGUUUUUUAAAAAAUAAAUUCAUUUAUUUAUUUUUGGC